GAGGGGGCAUAGGGAAGGGUGAAUGGAAGGCGGGGUCGUGAACUGGGGUCGGGGGCGGGACUUGGAGUGACCAUGGAGGUUGGGGGGGCAGUUAACGGAUGUGGCAUGGGGCUGGGGCCAAUCCGGAGGGCGGGCUGCCGGGAGGCGGGGGAUUCCCUCCUGCCCCCUGGGCGGGUCUCCCUUCCGAAGAAGGGGCUUCGGGGAUUCCCUUUCCCGCCAGGUCAGACUGUCCGCCCGCCCCACCAACGGAGAGGCCGCCGCUGGCUCGGCGCCCUCCAGGCCUGUUGGAGGUGAGGGAGGUGGGGUGAAGUAGUGCCCGUCCCCCCGCCCCCCGGCUCCUCCUUCCCCCCAGUCCUCCCCUCCCACCACCCUCCCCCCGAGCCAGUUUGUCCCUCCCCUCCCCUCCCCUCCUUCCCCCCGCCGCCUCCUCCUGCCGCUGCCGCUGCUUUGGCUGCUGCGUCAUACGCCCCAGAGCCGCCGGGACGGAGGGGCUGGGCCUGGGGACCCCCCGGCCUCUGCCUGCACGCCCCCCGACGCCCAGACGUGCCCUCCCGGCGCGGGGGGUUCGCCUCGGUCUCCCACGUCUGCCUCUGCCCAGCUCCCGGCGUCCCCAGCUGUCACUGGCCCCCCCCAGGAUGCAAUGGCACAGCCUCCCCGGCUGAGCCGCUCUGGUGCCCCCCCACUUUGGGACCCAGCUUCCCCUGCUCCCACCUCAGGCCCCAGGCCUCGACUUUGGGAGGGUCAAGAUGUGCUGGCCAGAUGGACAGAUGGGCUGUUAUACUUGGGGACCAUCAAGAAGGUGGACAGUGCUCGGGAGGUGUGUCUGGUCCAGUUUGAGGAUGAUUCCCAGUUUCUGGUUCUAUGGAAAGACAUUAGCCCUGCUGCCCUCCCCGGGGAGGAAUUCCUUUGCUGUGUCUGUCGCUCUGAGACUGUGGUCCCUGGGAACCGGCUGGUCAGCUGUGAGAAGUGUCGCCACGCUUAUCACCAGGACUGCCAUGUUCCAAGGGCCCCAGCCCCAGGAGAGGGAGAGGGCACAUCCUGGGUCUGCCGCCAGUGCAUCUUUGCCAUCGCCACCAAGAGGGGGGGUGCACUGAAGAAGGGCCCCUAUGCCCGAGCCAUGCUGGGCAUGAAGCUAUCUCUGCCAUAUGGACUGAAGGGGCUGGACUGGGAUGCUGGACAUCUGAGCAACCGGCAGCAGAGCUACUGUUACUGUGGUGGUCCUGGGGAGUGGAACCUGAAAAUGCUGCAGUGCCAGAGCUGCUUGCAGUGGUUCCAUGAGGCCUGCACCCAGUGUCUGAGCAAGCCUCUCCUCUAUGGGGACAGGUUCUACGAGUUUGAAUGCUGUGUGUGUCGGGGGGGCCCUGAGAAGGUCAGGAGGCUACAGCUUCGCUGGGUGGAUGUGGCCCAUCUUGUCCUCUAUCACCUCAGCGUUUGCUGUAAGAAAAAAUACUUUGAUUUUGACCGUGAGAUCCUCCCCUUCACCUCUGAGAAUUGGGACAGUUUGCUCCUUGGGGAGCUCUCAGACACCCCCAAGGGAGAACGUUCUUCCAAGCUCCUGUCUGCACUCAACAGCCACAAGGACCGCUUCAUUUCAGGGAGGGAGAUUAAGAAGAGGAAAUGCUUGUUUGGCCUCCAUGCUCGGAUCCCUCCUCCUGUGGAGCCCCCUACUGGAGAUGGAGCUCCCACCAGCUUCCCUUCAGGGCAGGGCCCUGGGGGAGGGGUCUCACGUCCCCUGGGGAAGCGCCGGAGGUCGGAGCCAGAGCCCCUGAGGAGGCAGAAGGGGAAGAUGGAGGAGCUGGGGCCAUCCUCAGCAGUGCGCAAUCAGCCAGAGCCCCAGGAGCAGAGGGAGCGGGCUCGUCUGCAGAGGGCACUGCAGGCCUCAGUGUCUCCGCCACCCCCCAGCCCUAACCAGAGUUACCAGGGCAGCAGCGGCUACAACUUCCGGCCCACAGACGCCCGCUGCCUGCCCAGUCCCAUCCGGAUGUUCGCUUCCUUCCACCCCUCUGCCAGCACCGCAGGGACCUCUGGGGAUGGUGAACCCCCAGACAGGUCACCCCUGGAACUUCAUAUUGGUUUCCCCACAGACAUCCCUAAAAGUGCCCCCCACUCGAUGACUGCCUCAUCUUCCUCAGUCCCAGCCCCCUCCCCGGGUCUUCCUAGACGCUCAGCACCCUCUUCUUCCCUGUGCCGUAGUUUAUCUCCUGGGACUGGGGGAGGAGUGCGAGGUGGGGUUGGCUACCUGUCCCGAGGGGACCCUGUCCGGGUCCUUGCUCGGAGAGUUCGGCCUGAUGGUUCUGUGCAGUACCUGGUUGAGUGGGGAGGUGGGGGCAUCUUCUGAACAGCCUGCCUCUACCCACCUCCCCAUUCACACACACCGGCACUUUCACACCCUGACCUCUGAUCUCACCUACAGCUGGGAUGUACCUGGGGAGGUAGGGGGUAGUUCUCCCUACUGCCUAGGCGGAAUCCAGGUUGGGGGGAAGGGGAAGAGGCUCUCUCUUCUCUUCUCCCUUGAUUCCUGACCCUUCCAUCCCUCUUCCCAUUUCCUUUGAUGUUAUUUUGUUACAGCUUUUAAAAUAUUUUUAAAAAUUAUUUAACCCCUGGGGAUGGAGACUGAGGAGGGGAGGGAUAAGGAUCCCAGACUCUGUAUGACUGAAAUAAAGAUAAACAAAUCUAGCAA